GGAGGUGGGUUAUACUGUAGAUACCAGCCAGCCAAACAGAAUCAAUCUCGGUUGUCAUGAAUAAUAUAGGAUUUCAUUUCCAUCGUUUCUGGAUUACUUAAACGUGUUUAUUUAUUAGUGUGUGCAUGGUAAAGCUGUGAACAAGUACCGAGGAGUUUAUUUUAUUCCGUGAUGGCGGAGCACGUUGAUAUCUACGAGGAUCUGAACACAGAAGAGGCCGAAGACUCUGUCCAGAGUGAAGCCGAUGCUCUCUACGAUGACGUCUUAACCGGAUCUGUGACCAGCGUGAUGACGCCGGUAAAAACGGAGUCUGAGGACCCCAAAUCGGAAGAUGAGAAAUUGGAAGGUGGUAAACCACUAGCCAGACCCUUUUCUGUCUAUGUGGGUCACUUCAACUGGUGGACGUCCGACAAGGAUCUGAUCGCCAUGGCGAAGAAGCUUGGAGUGAAAGACGUGGUGGAGGUUAAGUUUGCCGAAAACAAAGCUAACGGUCAGUCCAGAGGCUUUGCCGAGAUGGUGGUGAGCACGGAGGAGUCGGUGAAGCGGCUCCUCGAGACCAUGUCGCUGUACGAGAUCAACGGCGAGAAGCUGGAGUGCCGCGUGGCGUCUCGCAAAUAUCUCAAGAUGUUCGAGAGCGAGGCCAGAAAACGAAUACCUCUGCGCCUGAGCUCCAAAAGCUCUCCGGAACAGGACGGCGCGAGCACCUCAUCCCCCCCUCCGUCCUCGCCGAACGUCCAGCGGUUCCCCCCGCCCCCCCUCUUCCAUCCGCCCUCCAAACCGCCCUCCUUCAGCCCCCCGUUUUUUAACAGCGCCUCUCCUCUGUUUAACACGCCUCCCCCUCGGUUCCCGCCGUGCUUACCGUACGCUCCGUUCCCCAACGCUCUUCUCCCUACGCCUCCCUUACCCGGCAUGUUCCCCCCUGACGCGUUCUUCCGGAACACGCCGCCCCCCAACACGCACGUCCCGAACCCUUUUACGCACCCGCGCACACCCGCACCGUCCCUGCACAUCAAUCCCAGCUUCGUGUCCGGGCACAACACCCACAACACCCACAACAGCGGCAGCAGUAACAGUAACACGCCGUACAGCCAGAACAGCAGGGACGGAGAGAGCGAGGAGCUGAUCAACAGGAACAGAACCGUCGCCAGCAGUGCCAUCAAGAAAGCCAUGUCUGAAGCCACCUCAGGCGAGAUCUCGUUGGCCGUGGAGACGCUCCUGACCGCCAUGGCGGUGAUCAGACAGUCGCGCGUUUACACAGAUGAGCGGUGCCACGCCCUUAUCGAGUCCCUCAAAGACUGUCUGUACUCUGUGGAGAGUAAGAACUGCUCAUCCAGAAAGAGACACCGGUCUCAGGAGCGACCCAGGAGCCGAGAGAGAGACCGGUACAGAGAUCGCUCGUCCAGCUCGGACAGAGAGCGAGAACGGGACCGGAACCGGGGUCACUCGUCCGGUUCGGAGAGAGCUCGCGGUCAGGAGAGGGAUCACAGACACAGGCACUGACGGGCGGAUGGUUCACUCUUGCUUUCUGUGCUUUCGAUGUAAAUAUUCUUUAUAUUCUCAUAUUAUUGUUGGGAAUAAAUAUGCGAGACUGAG